AUGAUAACGUUUCUCCAUGAGGUUCACAAUAUCAUCAACAAUGGAGGACAGCGACUGCUGCUUUCGGCGGACCUCCUCGCCAAUCAGAACCACGUUCGGGUGCGUUUGCAUACCGCACUCCAGAGCGAGAUGGGACGCAGAACGGCCCAUGACGCGAAUGAAGUGGUACGUGUAUUGGGUGCUGCUGGCGUCAGUGCACAGGUUGCCAAUGAGCUCGGAGUACGUGCGCGCAGCGGUGUCGAACCCAAAGCUCACCUCUAUGUUGUGCGACUGCACGUCACCGUCCACUGUUUUGGGGACGCCAACAACGCAACAGGGCUUGCGAAGCACCGGGUGGCCAUCCGAGAUGUUAGGAGACUGGCGCCACGCAAAGUGGUUGGCAAGCAGAGCAGCGUUGCUGUUGGAACCAUCACCACCAACAAUGAUCAAACCGUCCAGAUCCAGAUCGUUCACAGCCUCAACGGCGCGGUCAAGGUCAGCCAUACCGGAAACCUUGCCACGACCGGACAGCAGCAUGUUGAAACCACCCAUGUUUCGGAACUUCUCCAUCAAAUCAUAACUAACGAUCUCGUGCUGGCGAUUGAGGAACCCGUCCAGACCACCGUGGAAACCUAUCAGCUGGGACUGCGUGUUGCGCAGGGGCGGGACCGCCGCUGA